AUCUGCUUUGUUUUUCCGUGACUCGUACUAACUGGAAGAACGGUGCUAGUUGACGCGAAGCUUCUAGGUAUUUAGCCAUGGGAAACCAUUUUCUAAUGGCUAUUGCUCUAGUUGUCUUUGUGACUGGUGAUGUGUCUUUGUCCCAAAGAAUACGUCCAGGACGUUGCGCACUGUAUGAGAAGCAGCCGAACUGCCCUGUAUACACGUGGGACCGAUGUUCUUGUGAUCAAGACUGUCCUCUCAAUAUGAAAUGUUGUUUUACUGGCUGCAGGAAUGUCUGCAUAUUUCCAGACAAAGCUGUAACCAUAACAACAAAAGCUGAUGUUGUUUUUGUAAUGGAUUCAUCUGGAAGCAUAAGCAAGGAUGAUUAUAGGAAAGAGAAAGAAUUUGUCAAACAGCUAGCAAACAUAUUUGAUAUCUCUCGAAACCAGGCGAGAGCAAGCGUUAUAAUUUAUGAUGAUAACCCAAAGCUAAUAUUUAGUUUUGAAGAUGAACUGGACAACAGGAAUGUUAGCGCAGCAAUUCAGGGUCUGCAGCAUUUAAAAGGACAUACAAGGAUUGAUAAAGCGUUGGCUGUUGCUGAAAAUGUGUUCACGGAUGCUAGACCAACAGUUCCACGCAUUGCAUUUAUACUUACAGACGGCAARCAAACGGCAGACUUCGAUGCCAAGCCACUGGAUGUUGCAUCAAAGCCAUUAAAGGUAAUAAUACAGUUUCACGUUAUAAUUGAGAUUUGUGUUUAG